AGAUCGUAUGCAGUUGUCAGGAAACGAGAUCGUUCGGUCUUAGUUAAUGGAGCACAAUUGUGGUGUUUUCAAUAAAUAAUUCAUGAUUUGUAUUUAUAAAUUGCGACUUUGAUCGUCGCGAUCGGACUUAUUGCUCUGUUGCGUCACAAUUACUUCCUGGCCACCACUGCUUUAAUCGAUUUCGGGAAUCAAAAAGUGUCAGAAUUCGUUUGCACAGCAAUGGGUGGUAAUGGUUUAUGCUACAGGGUGUUUACCCUUGGUGGUCUGUACAGGACAGAUCAAUCAAAGGACAGAGUAUAUUGGUUGAUUGUAAUCAUGUUUAAGCUGAUUCUACCAUCGCUGUUUGUUGUCGUAUCUCAACGCAGUGAGCUGGAUGCUUACAAUUGGCAAAUGGAGGUACACUAUAAGACAAACAUGCGCGGAAGGUGCCAUGCGUACAAGCUUGUUCCUUCUAUCGGAUACACACCGAGUGAUCGCUUUAAUGUGAUUGAUGAAUACUACGACGACACCGGUACGAGUGAAGGUGCGCAAGGCUCAAAAACACCUGACAUUUCAGUUAAAGAAUUGGACAAGCAACUAAAGGAAAUAGCAGACUUAACAAAUAAAGGUUUAGUUUUCCUAAACCAAGGAAAGAAUUCGAAAAGAAGGGUAUCUGAAAAAUGCUGCAAGAUUUUCAGACAAACCGUCAAAGAACGCGAAAUCUGCUGGAAAGAAGAGGGCGGUAAAGUGUCGGCAUCCUCGUUCGUACUCGCCAUGUUCAUACCUCUAAUUGCGACGUUUUUAUUAUCGAUUAUUAUGGUGCCUAUUAAGAACAGCAAGCUACUACAGCGCAAGAUGGUUGGACGUGGCAAUCGACCAAGUAUGGAGGUGACAGCUGAAGAAACCAUACGAACCAUACAAAAUUCAGUUCAAUUUGUAAUUGAGUUAGCAGCAUUCUAUUGCAUGGUGUACAAAAUUUGGGAACUAUCGGAUUCAGUUCUUAAAUGUGCUGGAUAUGCACCAUGUCUGCCAACCUACAAGUCACACCAGCUCAUCUUUUUGGUUGUUGUUGCCCAAACACCUUGGAUAACAAUACUAUGGAGUUUGAUCUAAAGAUAACAUACCACGUCAUACAUACGAUGCACCCACGGUUGCCAUGAUGUGCUCCAUGCAUUCCUUCUCAUAUGUUUCCAUGUAUGUUGGUAAUUACUCUGAAGGGGAAACUGGGACGCUGAGAGACUAUCACCACAUUCUGUGUAAAUAAUAUUUAAAGAUUAUUAUUUACUGCACAAUAGACUUUGUUAUGUGCUCUGUCAAGUUCCCAGGUGUGCAUCAAACAGACUUACAGGAUGUGUUGUAUUCAUAAAAAAAUGAGAACCACUGCAGUAAAUGAUUUUUUGAUGUGACAAUAAAAUACAAUGUUAAAA